AAGGAUGCUUCCUAAUACCUGCAUUCUGCUAUUAUGCCUCCUCUGCUCUCUCUCCCCUCUUAUCAGAGCCACUCUCAACCUCAAUCUCACUCUCCCCCAUCAGCACCCCAACCCUGAAGUUGUUGUUGACGAAGUUCAAAGGAGACUCAAUGUAUCCAUAUCGAGAAGACAAGUGCUCUCUGUACAGGAAAACGAUGGGUCGUCGUGUCUCACCGGUAACCCCGUUGACGACUGCUGGCGGUGCGACCCCAACUGGCAAAACAACCGGCAGCGCCUCGCCGACUGCGGCAUUGGGUUCGGCCUAGACGCUAUGGGCGGCAAGGGCGGUCAGUUCUAUGUGGUCACCGACUCCUCCGACGAGGACCCCAUCAACCCCGCUCCGGGCACUCUCCGGCACGCUGUGAUCCAGACUCAACCCCUGUGGAUUACCUUCUCCACCAACAUGCUCAUCAAACUCAAGUACGAGCUCAUCGUCAACAGCUUCAAGACCAUAGACGGGCGCGGAGCCAAUGUGCACAUCACCGGCAGGGGCUGCAUGACCCUGCAGUACGUGAGCAACGUCAUCAUCCACGGCGUCCACGUUCACCACUGUGUGCCCUCUGGGAACGCCGACAUCCGAUCAUCCCCCACACACGUGGGAUGGCGUGGGAAAUCGGACGGCGACGGAAUCUCCAUAUUUGGGUCGAGGAAGAUCUGGAUCGACCAUUGCUCGCUGUCAUACUGUAGGGAUGGAUUGAUUGAUGCAAUAAUGGGUUCGACCGGGAUCACCAUAUCGAACAACUACUUCUCCCAUCAUGACGAGGUGAUGCUUUUAGGGCACGACGACAAGUACUCGCCGGACUCCGGGAUGCAGGUGACAAUAGCCUUCAACCACUUCGGUGAGGGGCUGGUGCAGCGUAUGCCUCGCUGCCGGCGUGGCUACAUCCACGUGGUCAACAACGACUUCACCCAGUGGGAGAUGUAUGCCAUUGGCGGCAGCGCCAACCCCACCAUCAACAGCCAGGGUAAUCGCUAUACUGCGCCUGGGGACAUCAACGCCAAGGAGGUGACAAAGCGCGUGGAGACAGACGAGGAGGAUUGGGCAGAAUGGAACUGGAGGACAGAAGGGGACGUAAUGGUAAAUGGAGCUUUCUUUGUGCCAUCAGGGGUAGGGCUGAGCACUCAGUACGCCAAGGCUUCCAGUGUGGAGCCCAAGUCCGCCGCUCUCAUUCAGCAGCUCACCAUGAACGCCGGCGCCCUCAGUGGCUCCAGGGAUGACUCCAUGGGCGUAUCGUAUCCGGGGUUCAGCAGUGGGGGGACCAGCAGCAGCAUAAGCAACAAUGGUGGUCACGGGUCCAGCGAUGAUCCUGAUUACUUUGGGAUGAUAUUCGGGAGUGGGAGCGGGAGCGGCGCACCACCGCCACCCUCAGUUACAAUCCCUAUGUUUUUUUCUCUUUUAAUUAUCUUAAUUUUGUACGUUACCAUCAACCAUGGUGGUGUAUUAUUAUUUCUCUAAUGG